AUGUCUCCGAAUGCUACGGACACCCUGCUGCCGCAGCAGAAACCUUCUCAAGUGCAGCAGGCGAGGAGUCCACCGCCAGCCGCGGAUUUAGAAAAGGCUGCCUCUACAGAGUCUUGCAAGGACAUUGGGAUCACAGAAUGCACCUGCAGAGAGAUGGAAUUGGGAGCAGGAGACGCGGUGUUUACGUGUUUCGUGGUAGGGCCGCUGGUUGUGGGUGUGUGGCGUGGUACGUGGGGCCUGAUGGAGCUGGCGCCGGACUACUUCCCCUACGCGCAGACUUACGUGCUUGCCAUCAUGGUGCACGUGUGCUUUGCGUUACUGAGAUCAUACCUGCUAGACCGAUCAGUUGGAGCCUGGGGUGAAGAGAAACGCGCGGGGCGGUGGCUGAGAGAGCGCGCUCUGUCUCGGCUGUACUCCUACGUCUUCAUAUUGGCCAACGUUAUGCACUGGCGCGGCGGCUGGGGACUGUUUGAUGGCGCUGUGGCGCUCAUGGUAACUUCAGAAGACGAUAAAAACAGGUAAUUGAGAGCAGUCAGGCUU